AUGGCUAACCACAUCAAAGUUACCGAUAAUUUUGUUUGUGUUUGUCUAUCACUUGGUGGUGGUUCUUGCCACCGUUUUCCCUUUCGUUGUUUAACAUUUGAUGAGACUCAUUUCACCCAGAAAAGAAAACAUGCCCAACAAGAAACCACUCAUCUUUCAAGAAUGAACAAUUCAUGGGAGAUCCAGAAGGUCUUGGAAGAGAGUGAUGUACGUUGUUGUAGGCUUUUGUUGAAUAAGGAUUUGGCUUAUAAUUUUGUAAUUCCUGUGUUGAUGGGUGGUGCUGAAGCUGCUAAGCAGAAAGAAGGAGUGAAAGUUCAAGUAUGGGAUGUCGAUACAAAAUCUCUUCAUUUUCUCAUAUUCAAGAUAUGGACUACCGCACAAAGUCAUGUUUUCAUCAAGACAUGGUUCUAUGACUUUGUUCUUCGAAGGGAUUUGAAGAAAGGAGAUGUAAUUGGUUUUCAUUGGGAUCAAGCAAACCAACGAUUUAAUUUCUCAGUUCUCAAUAGAUCUAAUUAG